CAGAAGUCAGUGUCGCAUCGCAAGACUCCCCCUACACGCGAACAGCUGGCCCCCUCCAAGUUCCUGGCCGCUCCUCGUUCUCAAGAUAAAAGGUGCUUCUAGUAGUCCGUUCCGUGUUCCGGGUUCGAGCAACACCUUGUCCGGUACUUCUUAUACUAUUCCCCACCAUUGUCAAGAAGUGUUUUGAUAUCUACGAGCGACACGUAGGGCAGCGGACCAUAUCAACUUCAGUCGUCGUAGCGCCCGCCUUCUGCUAACCCGUAUAUCUGGUUUCUUCGUUUCUAGUAGAGACUACUGGUAGUAACGCAUAGCCGCCAGUUUCGACUUGUUCGUUCAGUCUACGAACGCCGUUCGCACUCGCAAAACGUUAACCAGUUAUCCAUCUGAAUAGUGGUAAUUAAUAGAGUCUAACAGCCCCUUUCAGCUCGCUCACCAUGCUCAAAGUCGGCCUAUCCAAGCUCUCCCUACCCUGGAGCAGCAGCAGCACCACACCAAAAGCCGCCGCCAAUCACGGCGACAAACGUGGUGACAGUGCAGCGGCAGCAGACAGCAAAGCAGCUAGUACUACGAGUACAGACUCCGCUCCUAAGGACCCUCCUCCCGCCGCAACACCCCGCGCCCAAUUAGAGCCCAGUGCCUCCCGCCGCUACUACUCCCACGGCGCCAGUGGCGGCGGCGGGGGCGGCGGUCGGAGUGGUGGUACCGCAAACGGCGGCGCGUCGCAUCCAACGGGGACAACCGGGCAGUUUUCCGAUUCCGACGAGGCGCGAGAUGCCAUGUCAACUGCCGCCGGAAAGGGAGCGAACCACCACCAGCGGCAAUCUAGUAAUACGAGUAUCGGUACAGCGAGGACUCCGCGCGGGGGAAGCAAACACUCCGCUGCGGACUUCGCGGACUUUACCGCCGCUGGCGGCGCAGGCGGCCGUGCGCUUCCUGGUUCCGGCGUCGGUGCUGGUACUAGCGGUGCGUCUGCUCCUAAAGGCGGCGGCGGUGGCGGCGGUGGCGGCAGCGGGUUCGGGCUGCUGGUGAAUCAGCGGACGGCACGCGUGGUCUCCGCGGAUGAGGACGCGUGCUGGGCGGUGGGGAUGGCACGGGAGGAGCUGGCGCGCGCAACGCUGUUCGACCUGGCGGAGAAGCUCAACGCGGACGAGUGGGCGCGCGCGGUCGAAGGCAUGAGCGCAAAGGACAGGCCGCGGGUCAUCAUCCGCUUCCGCCUGGUUCAGUCUAGUAACCACCGCGGCGGCGGAGGCGGAGGCGGCGGUGCUCUCUCCGGUCGCCGCGUGGACUGCGAGUUACAGGAGCUCGUUCCUAGCGCCAAGGCCGUGCGCGUUCACAUUGCGCCGAUCCCCCCGAACUCCCCUGGUGGCGGAGGUGGCGGAGGAGGUGGCGGGGAGAGGGCCGUUGCGCCGACCACUCCGCGCGCGGCCCUGUCGCACUCGAGCACGCUGUCGCGCGCGCAGACGAUGUCGUCGCAGCAGCAGUCGCCGCACGCGCCGUCGCUGUCGCACUCGCACACGCUCGCCCACUCGCCCUCUAACGCCAGCGCGACCGCCGCCGCGAUGCUCGGCGGCAAGCAUGGCGCCCCACGCGUCAGCUUCGCAGUGGAUCACGGCGGGAGAGGCGGCGGCGGUAGCGAGGCCGGGGAGCAUGGAGGGCAAGCGAGGGAGAGAGAGCGGGGACGGCGCGGAGCGGCGGAAGGGGGAGGGGCGCGGGAAGCGCCGCAUGGGGGGAAGCUGGGCGGGGUUGGCUCAGCAAGCAUGAGGCUCCGCGGGGAGGGGGAACGCGGGGAGAAGGGGGGCCGGGAGGAACGCGGGGGGGCGGGAGGAGCUGGGGAAGGAGCAGGAGCAGGCGGAGGCGGAGCCACGAGUUUAGCUAAAAGUCUCUUUGGUCUGGGUUCUAAGAGCAAGAAGUUUGAGCACAUGGUGGUGAUGGUCCCCGGGGAUCCCGCUGAUCCUUGCGACAGCCCUCGGGGCAGCAGAAGCGCCAACAGCAGCGCUAAGAGGGCAGGCGCAGGGGGAGGCGGAGGGGGAAGCGCAGUGGGAGGGGGAGGGGGAGGCGCAGGGCCCGCGCCCAAGCUGGAGAAGAGCCGCAGCAGAGUUGAGCGAGGGGGAGGCGGAGGUGGGGGAAGGACUCCCCGCGGGGGCAUGGAAGGAGGGGGCAGCUUGGGAGGUGGAGGGGGCGGGGGAGCGGGUGGGGGAGGGGGAGGGGGAGGGGGAGGGGGAAGGGGAGAAGCCGGACGGGCACAGCAGCAUCAUCAUGCAGAGCCGUCCCCCCGGGGUGUAGGGCCGUCCCCACGACCGAUGGAAAGAGGGGUGCUGCUUGGAGGAGUGGGGGCGAGGAGCUUCCGUGGAGGGGCAGGUGGAAAGAGCGGGGCUGGAGGGGGCGGAGGGGGGGGAGGGGGGGGAGGGGGCGGAGGGGGCGGAGGGGGUGGAAGGGGAGGAGGGGGGGUGUGGGCGGAGGAGGAGUGGGAUGAGGCCCCGACUCUGGAACGGCACAAGAGCUUCACAGGGUCAACCGGGCGGAUGGGUGGGAUGGGGGGGGGGACUGGUGGAGCGCAGGGGGGCUUUGGGGAGUGGUCGGCUAUGUCUGGUGAAACCAGCACGCCCCGUGGAAUGGGCAGGCGGUCACACACGUCCUCCUCUGAACCUGCCGUGCUUGUGCCGGAGCUGCCCUCCAACAGACAGUGGCGGGCGGUGGGACGAGGAGGAGGAGCAGGGGAAGGGGGAGGGGGGGGAAGGGAGCCUGUGCAUCAGCAGCAUCAGCAUCAGCAUCAGCAGCAGGAGCAGCAGCAGCAGCAGCAUCAUCAUCAUCAGCAGCAGCAACAGUCGCAGUGGUUGCAGAUGAAGGAGCAGCAGCGGGCGCAGGAGGAGCAGGUGCACCAGGAGUGGAAGGGGCAACAGAAGAAGGCCCAGGCGCAACGGAUCCUGCAGAGGCUGAAUUCCGAAAGGAAAUCGGCAGGCUCUAUGGGUGAGCGCGGGGAAGGGGAGGAAUGGACAGGUGGCGACAUGCAGGGGGGAGAAGGCAACCAGUUUCGCCAGCAGCAGCAGCAGCACCAUCCGCAGCAGCAGCAGCAGCAGCAGCAGCAAUACAUGCAGCAGGGGCUGUACCAGCAGCAGGAGUAUGGCCGGCCACCCCCAAGAGCUGCGCCUGGGCUUACCUCCCCUCCUCCUCUGUCACUGCAGCCGGGACGACCGCAGCACGCACAGCUGCAGAUGCCUCCCGACCCCCCUGCCUUGUCGUACCAGGUGCACCCACAGCAGCAGCAGCAGCAGCAGCAGCAGCGAGUGGCUAUGCUGUCAGGACCAGGUGCACGGUCAUUUCGGGUGGGCAGCAGCACCACCACCAUUGCUGCUGGUGACGCUGCCUCUAUUGGUACAGCAGCUGGUGUGGUUUCGACAGGAGGCAUGGGAGCACAUAACAUGCCCAUGUCAGCAACGUAUCCCAGGUCUCCCUCAGUCCAGGUGAUUCCUCAGGUAAAUUUCCAGGUGUCGUCACCAAGAGGGCCUUCCCCACGUGGCCCCUCCCCCCGCGGCCCGCUCCUGAACGGGCCUAACUCGCCCUGUAUGCUCCCCUCUAUCUCUCCACAUAAACCUUCCCCUGGAAAACCCUCCUCUGGGGGUACAAUGGGCGACAUGGGGGGGAGGCAGCAUGGUUGGGAAUAUGGUGGGGGGCGGGGAGGAGUGCAAGUGGCGGAAGAGGAGGAGGAGGCGGCGGAGGGGGAUGAGGAGGAGGAAGGGGAGGAGGAGGAGGGGGGGAGCGUGGAGGGAGGAGAGGGGGAGGGGGAGUACAGCGAGACAGCAGCACUGGGGCUAGCGAAGGGGCAUUCCAUUCGGAGCAACGAGUCGGACGAUGCCGUGGUUGCUGUGGCCCUGCCCAUCCUCUCUCCCAGCUCUUUUACCGCUCCUCCCUCUGCUGCCCCUUAUUCAGCGCAGUUCAGGCAAGGGGGUAAAGCAGGGGCGGGGGUAGGGAGGCGGGGAAGCAUGGAAGGGCCUGGGGUGGUGCGCGAGGGGCAUGAGCAGACGGCAGGAGUAGAGAAGGCGGUGGGGAGGGGUGGGGAUGGGUUGGGGAGGAGAGGUGGGCAGAGGAGGGUGAGAGGGCCAGAAGAGGAGGGGGAAGAGUGGGGGGGAGAUGGGUGGCAAGGAGAGGAGGGGUGGGAAGUAGGUGAAGAGUGGACGGGGAAGGCCCAACAGCAGCAGCAGCAGAAGAAGAAGGAGCAGCGUUGGCAGCAUGAGCAGGUGGGACAGGAGCAGCAGCGAGGGCCGAUGAAGUUGGAGGUGGGGGAGGAGAUGGGCAGAGCGGCGAAGAAGAAGAAAUUGAAGACGAAGAAGGGGAAAGCAGGAAAGAAGAAAGGAAAACAUUCAGCCCCAGCAGCACAGGACGAGGAGGAGCAGGAGACGCACUUUGAGCCACCGCAGGAGCUUCAGCAGGUACCACAGGGGCAGCAGCAGGGGCAGCAGCAGGGGAAGCAGCAGGAGCAGCAGCAGGGGCAGGCGCAGGAGCAGGAGAAGAAGAAGCAGAAGCAGGAGGAGGAUGAGCAGCAGCCGCAGGAGGCGGAGGAGGAGGAAGAGGAGGAAGAGCAGGAGGAGGACGCGGGUGCCUGGCAAGGAAAUGAGAGAAAGCAAUGGGUGCAAGGGGGUAGGGGAGAAGUGGAUGGAGGCAGAAGCGGCGAGCACCUCGCUCUGAGCGAGCACGCAGAGACAGAGGUGGGGGAGGAGAUGGGGCGGGAGGAAGGGGAGGAAGAGGAGGAAGAGGACGGUGAGGGGGUGGCGCAAUACCAUGGAGAGGCAGACGAAGGGAAGAAAGCAGGGGAGGAGGAAGCGGAGGAGGAAGCAGAGGAGGAAGCAGAGGAGGGUAAUCUAUAUUGGGUGGACGGGGAAGGGGAGAAGCAUUCUAGGUGGGAAAGGGUGGAGCAAGGGGAGGGAGGAGCAAAGGGGGGAAAUGGAGAGAGAGACGAACAGAGAGGGAGAGAGGAGCAGGAAGGGGAAGGGGAGGAGGAAGAGGGAAAGGAAGAGGUGGAGGAGAAGGUGGGGGGGAAUGUGAAACGUCAAGUGGCGAAGCAGGUGCUGGGGAGUGUGCUGAGGCGCGAGAGUGAGGAGCUGAUGGACCGCGCAUGGCAGGGGGUGGCGGAAGAGGGGGGGGAGGAGGGGAGGGAGGAGGGGAGGGACGAGGGGAGGGAGGAGAAAGAGAAGGAGGGGGAGGGGGAGUGGGGGGAGGGAAAAGAGAAGGUGGUAGGGGAGGAGGAUGAGGGGAGUGCAGAAGUAGGUGCCAGGAAGGAAGGAGUCCUGGUUGUGGAGGGGGAUGAGGGGGUGUGGGAAAGGGAAGAACAUGGCGUGAGGUAUGGAGAGAGGCACAGAGAGAGGUACGGAGAGAGGUAUGGAGAGGAGAGGCUUGGGAGUAGCAAAUGGAGAGGACCGGAGGAAGGGCAUGGGACCGAAGGGCAUGGGAACGGAGGCCAUGGAGAGGUUCGAUAUGGUGAUGGCGUUGGUGGUGACGAUGGGGAGGAAGGUGCGAUGCUUGAACGUAAUGGGGAGGACGUGGUCGAUGGAGAUGAUUAUGAUGGUAGUGAUGGUGAUCGUGAUGGUGAUGGUGAGGGUGUUGGUCGUCAGGAUGGUGAUGGUCACGAUCGUGAUCAUGAUCAUGGUCACGAUGAUGAUGGUGAUGAUGAUGAAGCCUGGAGGCAUGUGACAGGCCAAGAGUCGGAGGAGGAGGAGGAUGAUGGGAUGGUGUCGAAGGUGAGGCACGGGGAGGGCAGUGCACGAGAUGCAAUGGCCCCUUACAGCCCUCAUGCCCCCGCUGCUGCCCUAGCUACUGGUGAUGCUCAUGCUCAUGCUGACUCCGACUCUCAUGGUGAUGGUGCUAGCGAUGCAGGUCUGAGUGGAUUCAGGCGCUAUAUGAACGAGGGAGAGGAAGUGGUUGAGGGUGAGUGUGAGGGUGCGGGUGGGGGUGGUGCUGAUAUCUCUAGAGGGAAUGAGCACAGAGAGCGAGCAUGGGAGGGCGCGGAGAAUGGGGGUGGAGACUCAGUGGGGGGGAGGUGGCGGGAUGAGGGGGAGGGGCAGGUGCAGGAAGAGGAGGGUGGGCAGGGAGCAGGGGAGGACAGCGAGGAGGAGAAAGGAGAGGAGGAGGAGGAGGGGGGGGAGGAGGAGGAGGGAGACGGGGAGGAGGGAACAGCACAAAAAGUGGGCGUGGAAGAGAUGCGGAUGGUGGAAGGGAGGCGCGAAGUGGAUGAGGAGAGUGAAUUGUGUGGGAGUGUGAUAGUGCACAGCAGCGUGGACAGAAUCCACAGCACAGCAGACAGCACAGGCAGUGGGGGCAGUGGGGAGGUGGUGAGCAGUCAUCAUCUACCUACUCUUGCUCUGCCUGUGCCUCCGUCGAUGUCUGCCUCCUCGCCUAGGCUCCACUCCCGCCCCACCACCACCCAGUCCGCUUCCCCCCUUCAAGCCCUCUGGCUGCCAUGGCAUCGCUUCCUAUUGGACGUGGCAGGCAUCGGUCUGCUCACAGUGCGCUGCUCCUCCUCUGCCUCCUCCACCGCCUCGCCUCGCAUCGGUCGCUGCAACACUGCUCUCCUCCGCAUGCUUGGAUCGGCCGCCCCCCCGCCUCCCUCCCCGAUUGCGCUUCUCUUCCCCCCAGCCAACCACCCUGCUGCUGCUGCUGCUGCUGCCGCAGCAGAUACCUCAGCAGCAGAGGCGGAGCGUGGGUUGGUGCAUCAGCUGGAGCAGGGCCUAUCUUCCGAGUUUGAGGCCCUGCCAUUGGUCACUCUGCUGCACCCACGGCACAGAGAGGACACCUGGCCAGCUCUCUCGGCGCUGAUCCUCACAGUGGUGGACCUAAGCCGUGCCUCAGGCCAGCAGGAGCAAGCGCCAGUGGAGCAGGUGCUGGGCGAGCCACUGCUGGCCUCCCUGCAGCAUGCGCACGGCCAUGAGGUGCAUGUGGCCAUCUCGGCAUUGCCUGGCCCGCCAGGGGUGGGGGAAGCGGAGGUGGCGGAGGGGAGUGAUGAUAGUAGUGAUGGUGAUGAUGGGAGUGGCACUGAUGCGGAUCGGGAGACAGGGGUUGGUGGCCGUGUGGCGCAUUGGAGACGAGAUGGUGGUGCUUCUGGUGGUGGUGGCGGUGGAAUAACUGUGGUUCUUGUGGUGCAGAACCUUCAACUUGCUGACAUGAUGUAUUGAUUUAUGUGCUUUUAUGUAUAAUCUACCAUUUGCCCUUAUUUAUAGAGGAUGUAAGUCUAUGGACAAGGCUUCCCAAAAGCUUGUGGAGAUUA